GUCGCGUCGGCGCUUGCGUGCUAGCUGCUUGCGUCCAGUCGCUCCGCUGCGCUGAAAACAAAUAUGGGUGCUAUCUUGCUGUAGAAACAGAAAACAAAAAGUUUCGUAGUAGCUGCACAGAUCGUUGUGUUGAACUGUAAUGUCACGGUACGUUGCCAUUAAAAGUUAUUCACGCUGUUGCUAGCGCUGCUAGCAUUAAUAGACAGCGGUGAUCAACUAAUUAAAGAUUAGACGCAGAUCGGCAUGAUGUUUGUUAACUAUGGGGGAGUCAAAGGAGGUAAAAUGGUAGGCCUAAUCAUUCUGCUAUGACGAAUGGAAACAACACUCUAGGGGAUCAACUGUUAUCUAAGUGGGGCUAGUGCCCGAAUCCUAGCGAAAGCAGCAGCCCUAUGCUGUUGAAUAGUUGGCAUAGUGGAGUGCUGAACCUGGCACAGUCAUGAGUCGCCAGGGCUGCAAGUGGACUUGCCAGCACUGCACGUACGAGAACUGGCCAAAAGCGCUGCGUUGUGUCAUCUGCCAGAACCCUCGGCCCACACUAAUCGAAGAGGAAGCGUCCAGCGAGGAACGUGACAUUUACAAGAUCUCACCCAUAGUGUCCCCUGAUCUGGCCAACCCAUACCAGAAAUGGGCAUGCGGUCGGUGCACGUAUCUCAACUGGCCUCGGUCAAGCAAGUGCACCCAGUGUCUGCAAAUGCGAGGGUUGCCAAGUGUUGCGCCAGCCAGCCCGCCAUCAGGCCAGCCACAGCAGGCCACAACGUCUACUGAAGUAGCACACGGCAGUACUGACCUACAUUGCAAGUGGACUUGCCAUGCCUGCACCUACGAGAACUGGCCGAAGUCACGAAAGUGUGUUAUGUGCAAUGUGGCUCGUCUCAAAAGUGACUCGCCAGUCAGCAAUCGGACUCCUGAACCUGAUGACCAGCGUAAUAACUCUGCGGGAGUUCCAUCCAUUUGUACUGGUGGUAGCAACCGUCUCACAGCAACAACUGAAAUUGAGGUGCAAGUGUCUGCUGAUGAAAACCCACUCAGUAACAACUACCUGUGCAGCUUGCGGCGGCAGGCACGUGAAGUGGAUCGGCUCUGGUUAAAUGCCUGUCGGGCUGUUGUGGACGGAGAUCCUGAGCCCAUCAGUCGUUACCUGAGCUCGGGUGGAGACCCUGCACGGCAGCUGACUCACGCCGAGGCAGGGCUGCUAGCUCGUACAGCCAACUUUGACCCAGGCUUCACACUUGCGCACAUGGCCAUUCGCCAAGAGCGAGAAGACAUCCUGGCUCUGCUGCUAUCCAAUUCGGGCAUGACUCACCCUGUUGCUAAGCGUGUUCCAUCAGAUGUUGGACGAGAUGCUGCUGCUGACAUUCGGCGCCACAUUACUGCCUCCUUCAAGCAGAAGAAGGGACCCUUUUCUUGCUACUUUGUCACUGAAUUCGUCACCUUUGCAUUACCCACAGAAAUCAGAGAGUUUCAUCCAUCUGUGCAGAAGGUUCUGUUUGAUGAACUACUGGAUCAGGAUGUGCAAAAAGAGCUUGAGGAAGAUUCAGCCAUCAUCAACUGGAGCCUGGAGCUUACCGAGACUUUGGGCUCAAGGCUGUAUGCCCUCUGGAAUCGCAGUGCUGGCAACUGUCUUCUAGACUCUGCACUACAAGCCACCUGGGGUGUCUUUGAUCGGGACAACUCACUGCGUCAAGUUCUUGGAGACAGCUUGUGCGAGGCUGCCUCUGUGCUAUAUCCUCGGUGGCGAGAGGCGGAGGCCUUGCAGGCUCGGUUGCUGCAUUUCUCGCUGGACGAGGCACAAUGGCAGGAGGACUGGGCCACUCUAGUCUCCCUGGCUGCACAACCUGGAUCAGCACUGGAGCAGAUGCAUGUGUUCACUCUGGCUCAUGUGCUUCGACGCCCCAUUGUUGUGUAUGGCGUCAAGUAUGUCAAGAGCUUUCGUGGCGAGGCCCUUGGCUAUGCCCGCUUUGAAGGCAUCUACAUCCCACUGUUGUGGGAGCCAAGUUUCUGCUGGAAGUCCCCCAUUGCACUUGGCUACACACGUGGCCAUUUCUCAGCCUUGGUGCCCAUGGAACCAGAGCCUGAAGUGAUUUGUGGUGCUGGAGCUAACACACGGGAUGACCUGCAGGUGGCCUUCCUUCCUCUGAUGACAGCGGACCGUCAGCUAUUGCCACUGCACUUCCUCACUCAGGGAGAGGUUGGUCGUGAGGAGGAAAUUAUCAAGCAGUGGCUUGACUGCUGUGUCACGGAGGGUGGCCUGCUUGUGGCCCAGCAGAAGGUGCCUCGGAGUCCCCACUUGGUGCUACAAAUGGUGGAUCAGUGGCUAGAGGCAUAUCGCAAGCUGUCGCCCCACCAUCGGCUCACCGAUUCUCAGAGUGGCUAUUCAAGUGAUGGUGAUUCUGACCAAGAGUAGUGCGUGCUAUAUGUCCAGGGUGGGACGUCACCCAGGACAUUCGCAAGCAGAGCUACUUGCACUGGCCUCCUAUGUCGCCCAACAUGAAGUUUAUCUGUAGAGGCCUGUGCUCACCCGUGGGCAGUGCUUGUCGGUAGUGGAAGGGCUGGCCAUGUCACAGAUGCAUAAAUCUGUUGCAAGACUUUGAAGCCAGUGACCAGCCAUUCUGUGAGCGCUGCAGUGAAUGGGCAGCAAGGUGUGACUUUCAUCAUCUUCUGUUUGAAAGUGCCAAUCACUUGGCCUUUGACACAUUUGUUGGUUUUUUUGUUUGGUUGUUAGUUUGUUUUUGUUUUCCCUUCUUUGCGUGUGGUGUGUGUGUGUGCGUGUGCAUGCGUUCGUGCGUGCUUUUGGUUUGUGCACUUAGCCAAAAAUACUGGGGUACAGAAGAGUUGAUAUUGAACACUGAAAUACAAAACCUAUUGUGCAAAACAGCGUAUGCAUACAUGAACAAUGGCGCCAGCACUCAUUAGGGUUCUGCCUGCUGGUGGAACCCUGCCACAAGUUUUCCUUUUAUGCAUGAUUAGGUAGACGAACUGUGUGGCAUAAGACGGGCAUGUAGGCUAUUUGGAAGGGUUCAAAAGUUAGACUUCAUUAGUUUGAAACAGAAGUCAUGUCCCCGCUGGUAGACAUGCUAUUGUCCUACUCAUAGACCGUAGACAUGAACUGCGAUUUCUGAUCGAAGUAUAUUCUUUGCGAGCUCAUAAACUCGCCUGUAUUCAGUACCUAGGGUUUACAGAUGUUGAGCAUUCUGUAGAAGCCUGCAUACAUCAAGGACAUUAGAAUACAACAUUAAUAACAUAAACACAUCGAAGCAGAGUUUAGGAACACACAUAAAUGCUGCUUAGCAGCUCACAAAAUGACAAGUAAAAUUUGUGAAUGCAUAAAAUGCAUCAUUUUGUGCAUGUGCUUUACAAAUGUCUCUUUAGUGGGCUAAUGCACAGUAGAUUGUAUUGGCGGCUUAUUGCUGUCACGUGAUAAUCAGCAGUUUCUUAUUGGAUGUGUCGGUACAAUGUUGGAACGCUUGUCCCAUCCAGCUUGUCCUAUCCAUUUCUACUCUUGUGUGUGCAUCUAUGCACUGGUUUUUCUGUUUAUUCAACAAUUUCUUGUGGACUUGGUAUGUUGACCAUUGGGUUCAUUAGGGAUCUAGACUACUGUGCAGCUUUUUAAUAUUUAAAUUGUUUCAACCGUGUCACUGUUGUCUCCUGCAGUUAGAACAACCACAGCUGCUUUCCUGGUUAUUGCCACGUUUUCAAAAUAGCUAAUAUCUCAAAAACUAUUGUGCACAUGUGCUGCUUUUUGAAUUCAAGGCCACGUUACAUGGUGUACAUUAGAUGGUAUUUGAAGCACACUACAUGAAUACCAAUCUCUGAACUCCUCCAAAGAGAGGGCAUGGCUCUCGGCUCCAACCAGGCUGAAGUAUUACAACAGGCUGUAGCAGUUUGGCCCACUGAGUGCAUGUGACCCUUUGGCAGACUUUUGAAGCAAUCGGAUGUGUGCCUUCUAUAACAGCUGGACCAGUGGUUGCACCUGCCCCUGAGUGGUCAGGGUCCUUGCCGUCCCAUUUCCACCCUGCUCUGACCCCUCUUCCAACAUGUGAGUGCAGUCAAAUAAUGCAGGCCCUUAUAGGCACUUCAGUCAGUGCAGUUUAUGGUUUCACCACUUCAGAGUAUACCUUUAUUUAUUUGCAAAGUUAAGAGUUGGACAAUGCAGUGGAUGGUAUCAGCUAAUGUGUAACGCACUAGGCAAACAAUAUAUUUACAUAUACAUAUAUAUUUGUGUAUAUGUACAUAUAUACUGAUGCAUCGUAACCUCCUCUUCAUUUCACAUAAUUGUGUGAUAAUUUGUCUUUUCAAGAGUGGAAAAAGAUUGUGUGCUUAUGUGUAUAAUGUAAUAAAUGCAAUUUAGAUUUAUAUCAUAGUUGUAAUAUAUUACGCAGUUAUAAAUAUAUUAUAAAUAUAUUGCACAUACUGGUUGUUUCAACCAUGACCAUCUCCAGUCAUUAAAUAUUUGGGGAUUCAGGACAAAAUUACUACAAAAGUCAUAGCUAUGGUGGACUUCGACAAAGCUGUGUAACAAUUGGCAGUAAUGUGGUAAAUUGACUAAAAAUUGUUUAUUUCAGAUUAAAUAAUUUAGUGCACAUGUAUUAAUUACAGAAUUGAAGCUGGUCAGUACUCUAGGCGUAUAUUCAACCAGUGGAAAUCCCGAGAAAGCGGUGCUGUUCUCAGAAUUACUACUUUUUUUUAGCUCUGCCCAGCUUGAAUUUUGCAACUGCAACAUGCCUCUUAAAAUAGUUACUUAAAAAGUUGGUUAGUGAACUUUAGCUUAUUGGCCAUAGUUACUGGUAUUCACCACGAUUAAUCUUGUCCAGCAAAAAUUAUUUGUCUGGAGUCACCAAUUUUUAAUAAUUAGGUGCGACUGUCGUGGAAACACCCAACCUUUGUGCCUCCCUUGAUGUGUGAUGCUUGGAAACAGCAUUGUUAUGGUUUUUGUUUCUGUUGAGUAUUGUGUGCUGCAGUCAUAACAUGAUCAGAGGUUGCUGGCACUGGAUGUCUGAUGUUUUUAUUCGAAGUUUCAUUUUUGUAGUUGUUUCAGAGUGGUUGCUGUGUUUUAGGCUGUGAAUUGCUGUUUUCUUAUUUGUGCUAAUAACAUAAAGUGUUGAUUCAGCACUCCGAGUACAAGCUCCAUUUUUUAGAAGCACGACAGGUUGAAAUGCAUUGGUAACAGCAUUCAUAUGUAUGCAGCAUAGAUGUUAGUCUAGCUGUAUAUUGACAGGAAUCUAGGUUUUCACUGGCCAAAUAAAAUCUUUAACAUAUUU